CACAGAGAUUGUGGCAGAAUAAUACAUCAUGUCCACUUUGUCAGAACACCUGCCAAAGUUGAGCAUUGCAGAGUUCGAGAAGUUCCCAGAACCAGUGGAGAUCCAGUACAAGAGUGGUGCAAGUUACAGAGGAAUGAUCAGCAACCAUUUACGUUGCGGUCGAGGUGUCUUUAAAUGGCCAAAUGGCGCUAGAUACGAAGGCCAUUACUCGGACAAUGCAAGGAAUGGAAAAGGAUUACAAGUCUGGCAGGAUGGAGGGCAGUAUGAGGGAGAAUUUGUGAAUGACAUGAGACAUGGAGAGGGUGAAAUAAGGUGGAGCAAUGGAGAGACAUAUAAGGGAACCUUCUACAAAGAUCGCCGUCAUGGUAAAGGGGAAUACACAUGGCCAGAUGGCUCUAAGUUCAUGGGAACAUUUUUUAUGGACAGGAAGGAAGGUUAUGGAAUCUUUACAUUCUCCAAUGGUAGUAAAUUUGAGGGGCUUUACAGAGAUGAUGAGAGAAUGGGACCAGGGGUCAUGACCUAUGCAGACAAUACUCAAGAUAUUGGUUUGUGGCUCAAGGAGAAACUAGUCAAAAUAUGUACCCCCAUAAGUAAGGCAUUCACCAUCCAAAACCACAAGCAGUUUGUGUUCAGCCCAGAGGAACAUGUUCUUUAUAUUAACAUGAAUGAAGAAGAGAAGAAGUCCGAAUCUACAGACAAGGUCUGUAAUCCGGACAUAUUUGAUCUAUUACCAGAGAACCAGUUAACUGACAAGGUGACUGAUAUGUAUAGUGAGACUUUAGAUCCAGGUAGUCUGGCCAUAAACAGAUCUGAAUUCUGUCAAAAAUUCUUUGAAGACCAGGAUGGAGAGAAGUCUGAUGGAGAUGAGAAAGUUCUGGCCAUUAAUCGCACUCCUGGAAUGAUUGACAUACAAAGACAUGUUUACCGCCAUAGAAAUGGAGACAAGAAUGUUUCAUUUGAUGUUCAGGAGAUUAUGAAGGGAAACAGGGGAGGGAACUUUCUAAAGAGAGGGCCAAUAGAGGCAGCAUCUGAAGAACUUAUCAUGGCAGCCACCGAUGGGGAUGUCAAAAAGGUGGAAGAUCUCUUGACUUCUGGCAAAGUUCACCCUGAUGUUGCUGACAGAAAUGGCCACACUGCACUCAUUGGUGCCAGUGUUAAUUGGCAUACAGAUGUUAUCAACGUGUUGUUAAACAAUGGGGCCAAUGUGAACCAGUUGAAUGAUGAGGGAUGCUCAGCGCUGUCUGCAGGCACAAUUUUCUUCUAUCCAAUAGAGGGAUUUAGAUAUAAUAUAGCAGAGAGGUAUCUAGAUGUACCAACAACUUUGUCAGAGAAAGAGAAAAAGUCCUCAAUCAGUCGCAGUAAGGCAACCACCAGUAGAAACAAAUCUAAUGCCAGCCCAACAAAACAGAAAACAAAGUCCUCCCUUAAUGAGCCUCUGUCUGGUGUCAGUAAUGCAGAAGAUAGAGGUCCAAGUCCAAUAGCUAAGCCCCAGGUCCGAAUCAUGGAACCUGGGGGCCAGGCACCUAGUGAUCAAAGUGGUGAAAUUACAGACUUUGGUGUAAGCGAAACCCAGCAGAAGACAAAGGAAGAUCCAGAUAGUGUGGAUUUUGAUUCCACUGCUACGUUACAUGAUUAUCACAUUGAGGUUUCAGACAGGAUGAUAGAAAGAUGUGCCACACAGCUUAGUACUAACGAGAUGAUUGUUGGGGGCAGGCGAUCUAACAACAGUGCAGACCUAGGAAGAGUUAGGAAUCUUGCAGUCAUCAAAAAGGAGAGAGAAAGAAUGAAGAGUACCUUAGAUUUACUUUUAAAGAGAGGUGCAGAUCCGAAUGCUUCAGGGGUGCCUAUGCCAGUUUUGUUCUUUGCAAUAAAAUCAGCUGAUGUUGAGGUGGUGAAAACACUAUUAGAAAAGGGUGCUUCUACUGCCAUCACCCUCCCAAAAGAGAAAGGUGGCCUAGCACCCUUACACAUUGCUGCGGCUAUACCAGGAGAGGAGGGUGUAGAGAUCACAGAGCUGCUUCUGGAGGCUGGAGCAGAUCCUGAUGUCAGAGCCACUGAGGAUGACUCAUUCCUGAAUAGAACUCUAGAGGAAGAAUGGUCUAAGGAUGUAAUACUACCAGAGAGUCAGGAAUUGUUAGGGGGACGGACACCUUUACAGAUUGCAUGUGCCAGAGAUGACAAUUAUAAGAAUGCAUGCCGAGUUGUCCAUCUGCUUUUGGAUCACAAAGCUAAUCCAAACCUUUUAUGUAAUGGUUUUUCUGCACUGGCCCUGUCCAUUGCUAGUGGUAAUGACCUGGCUAUUGAUGAACUUUUAGCUUACUACUGUGACCCGAGUUUGGCUCUGACACAUGGAGUGGGAAGUGCUUUAUGUGCUGCAACAUCUACAGAGUAUGAAUACAGGCGUAAAAAUAUAAAUCAAAGACUUCAUCUUAUUGAUAAAUUAGUGAAGGCUGGAGCCAACAUUUUGUCCCCUAUUCCUAUAGGACCCAAGAGAAUAAUAGGAACUGCUGUGGAUUAUGCUUACUACAUGUUUAAUCAGGAUCGUCGUAUUUCGCACAUGCCGUUUCACGCUCUCUCACACAGUGAGCGGGCCACAUAUCAGGCAAGGAAAAAAUUACUGGAGCAUAUUGGUAACAUUUUAAGAACUAAGGCUGUUGAGCGAGAGAAAAUGCGCAUGGAUGAAGAAGUCAGUUCAGGAAGAAGAAGUAGAAGUCCUAGCCCAGGGUUUGUCUAUAUUGGAGCAGGUGCCCCUCUACCACCUGAUGCUAAAAUUCCAAAGUCUCUCAAGAGAGUUGACACAGGGGAAGGGGAAAUGUCUAAGGUCACCUUUGAGUCCAAGAAUCCCAUUGUGGGACGAGGUUAUCCAGAACGGGAACCAGCAAAUUUACCAGCCAGGAAGCCAUUGUUCAAAUACUGUUAUGAAUGUGGCCGCUCUGUAGGGGUUCGUUUAUCUGCCUGUACCAGGUGUAAAGAAGUUUACUACUGUGGAAAAUCAUGUAAACUGGCAGCAUGGAAAGCCAGACACAGUGAGGAGUGCAUAAGGGUCGGAGGUUCUCCUACUAAUCCUGUCAAUUUAGAACUCCGCUCAGACUUUAAGAGAGUCGGCAUUGUAACCUCUGCUGUAAACAUGAUGACAGCCAAACGGAGGUCAAGAAGUCCCAGCCCAUCAGGACGUGUAGCCAGGAAAGACAGUCCUACUCCAGCCACUGAAGUGAAGGGGAAAAAAACUACAGUAGCAGACCUCACAAAGACCAAACAGGCAAUUAAUGUGCCAGUAAAAGGAAACAGUAAAAGUGCUAAAGGAGUAAGAGGUGGACACAAAGAGGGGGACAGAAGAGUUCAGUCUGAGAGACUUUACCGACACUGGAGUCCCCCGCCUGGAGUUAAAGUGGACAACUAUAGUUAUGUCUGAUGCUGUGUUUUAUCAUUAGAUCUCAAACUUAACUCCUAAUGCGAGCGUCACCUUAUUUAUACAGAGUUGCAAAUAACAUAUAGAACCUUAGGGGCCAUGUGGGCCCCCAACUUUACAAGUUUUAAUAGCCCAC